GACGUGACCCAUAGGUUAAAGGUCAAACAAGUUUACAUCAACAACGAAACCUGCAUGUUCAAACUUCAAACAGGGAAAGUCACUUCUACUCUAGUUUUGGGAUCCAUUACAAGAGGUUAACCGAUCUGAAUCCUUUACGUGUAGGCGUGUGAAAUCAGAUGAUGGCGUCAUCAAAGAAACUUGUUCUGACAAAUGACAGCAAACGGAAUGAAGUUCUCCUCAAAGACAGAGUCAAGGAGCUUGAGGAAGAAAUAGUUAGUCUAAAGAAGAGACUGGAUGAGCUACGAAAAGCCAAAAAUACGACAGUGUUAAAACGCGAGAGGGAAAUUUUGGAAGUGGGAACACCAUUUGGAAGACGGGACAGUAAGCAGACCGUGCCUCCCCCACCCCCACCGGCCGCUCCACCGGGAGACUUCCAGAAGAAGCUGGAUGAUCUAAAGACUCAGCUCGCGUCGGCUGAGAAAAACCAUGCCAGUCAGAUGAAGGACGCAGAAAGCAAGCUGUCCAACCUCCAGGGAAACAGCUCCAAGGAGAUGGAGACACUCCGGCUACAGUUUGCCAAAGACAUGGAGGCACUCAGGAAGGCCAUGGAAGAGGAUUUGGAGUGUGGACACCAACCAUUCAUUGAGGCCUUACAACAACAGUUGUUGGAGCUACAGGCAGACAACACAGCUCUACUGAUGGAAAACAGUGAUCUCAAAGAUAGGGUUAACUCCCUUGUCACAGAACUCAGCAUAAAGGAGGCAACAUGGUGCGAGAAUGAGGAAAAACUGAAAAUAGAGCUGAACAAGCAAUGGGGAGAGAAGUACAAAGAGUGGAUGGAGAAGACAGAGAAUAAAAUUCACGAACUUCAGGAGGCCAACACCAUGCUGAGGGGGUACUUCAACAGUCAGAGGCCCAAAGGUCCCGACUCCACGGGACAGGAUAAGAAGUAGUGAGACAAUCAGGUGGUGGCGGCAAUGUCAGGGUGACCCCCAGCGCCAAAUGACCGUGACUUAGUUACCGGCGAUAUUAUCUUAGUGACAUGGUGCUAGAUUGCUUUCAUCAUAAAGAUGAUCAUCAACUGUGAUAUCCUUGCAUAUUAAUGUAAAGUCAUUGAUUUGAGAAAAACUGAAUAUUUUACGAUUUAAAAGCAAAAAAAAACCACCGAUAGCAGAAAAUGAUGAGUCUCCUUCGUAAAAUUUCUCUGAAAAGAGUCACAAUAAAGCUAUAGGUACAUGUACAUAAAAAUACAUGGCAAGAUUUGGAAAAAAAAUGGUUUUGUUGUUUAUAUUUUGUAUCCAAAAGCAUGUUGAUACAAAAAUAAUAUAAUUUUACAUAUUCUUUAUAUACAUAAUAGUAUCAAUUCUCGAUGUCUUUGCAUUUUAUUCUUGAAUUGAAAUGUCCCAAAUUCGUUUUGUUAUUUCAAGGUGUAUGGAUUAUGAACUUAUUUAUAGAUCAUGUCUCUCGUUAAUUCUGUGAUACUAUUUUUAGGAAAAUCAUGUAGGCCUACAUAUAAUUGUAAUUCAUAUCAAUUUACUUGACAUUUUAUUUGGUUGUGUGAAUUGAAUUUUACCACGUUUGUUCAAAAAGGUUUGUCUGUUGCACACCGUUUUAACUGCCUAUAACAAUGGACCACGUAACAUUCCAUGUUAUUUUUCAUUAUCAAUAAUCAACAUCAGUGUUAUUUUUAUUUUGUUAUUGAUAUUUGUUGAUUUUAUUUAAAUUUACACCACUAAACGUAAUACAUUUAUGUAAAGUUUAUACAUUUCAAGAAAGCUCCAUAAACUUAAACAUGGAUUUGUUUGAGUGUCUUGAGUGUCACCAUGCUCUUUAUUUUACUUUUAUACUUGUUAUUCACCGAUAUGGAAUGUAAUGUCUUUGAUGUCCGGACUCCAUUGUAGACGAGGAUAUCUAGAGGCGUCUAGACAAAUGGCGGAGGAAGUCGAGGACUCCACGUAGUCUGUGUACCCGUCUCUUUAGAAGUAGGCCAGCUGAUUCAGUUACAGUGACGCGGAAGCUGUGGUACAUAUCCGGUAGUAGAUAACUUUACCCCAUCACCAUCGCUUUAAUAUAGUGACAUAUAUUUAGGAUUUUUCAGGAAUUUUUUCAAUUAUUUACACUACUCAUUGACUAUUGGUUGUGUGUUUGUUUGUUUUGUUUUUUGUUUUUGUCAACACUUUUAUACAAUAUAUUACCUGUGAUAAUAUUGUUAGUGAUAAUACAUUAUGUAAAUAAUGUGUACAUGUUCAUGUUUGUGUUUUUUUUUAAAUCAUGGUGAUUUUAUAGAAAUUUUUAUAAUUGCACAAUUGAUAAUUCCAUGCAGUACUAUCGUAGAUUUGUCAAUACAAAGGAAUUAGCUGAUUUUGUGUGGGUUUUUUUUCACUCCGUCCAGAUUACAUAGUAAGCAAUUUAAGAACAUUAUUUAUCUUUAAUUUGAGUUCCAGGGUAUAGGAUUUACUUUGGAAAAAACUAUGUAUAUUUUAGCAGAAUAAAUGGAGUUAAAUCCAAAUAUG